CAGGGUCGUAGGGGAGAGUCUAUAGAGCCUUUCCCCGCCAGCGCUCUCGCUGUUUGGUUCCUAGAGUUGACCUGGUCAUUUACCGUGGCUGAGGCCCGGCUGCGAACCGGGGCGUCGGCUCGGCACCUCCUGGUUCUCUCUGCCUCCUCGGUUGGUGUGGCCUGAUGGUGCGGCAGGCUCUGGACUCCUAAAGCUCUGGAGCGAAUUUAAGAAGAUUUUGUUCAUGUGUAUGGCAUAGAAGAUGAAUUCUUCCUCCUCUACCAUGAAUGAAGAACCUGAUGCUCUCUCAGUAGUUAACCAACUACGGGAUCUGGCAGCAGAUCCAUUAAACAGAAGAGCCAUUGUCCAGGAUCAAGGAUGUCUGCCUGGCCUUAUUUUAUUUAUGGACCAUCCCAACCCCUCUGUUGUCCACUCGGCUUUGCUUGCUCUUCGGUACUUGGCAGAAUGUCGUGCUAACAGAGAAAAGAUGAAAGGGGAGCUGGGGAUGAUGUUAAGCUUGCAAAAUAUCAUACAGAAGACUACAACUCCAGGAGAAACGAAACUUCUAGCUUCUGAAAUCUAUGACAUUCUUCAGUCUUCCAGUAUGGCAGAUGGCGAUAGUUUCAAUGAAAUGAAUUCACGUAGAAGGAAAGCUCAGUUUUUUCUGGGAACUACAAACAAACGUGCCAAAACAGUGGUUUUACAUAUAGAUGGUCUUGAUGAUACGUCUCGGAGAAAUCUCUGUGAAGAGGCUCUGUUAAAAAUUAAAGGUGUAAUUAGCUUUACAUUUCAAAUGGCUGUUCAAAGAUGUGUGGUGCGGAUUCGUUCCGAUUUGAAAGCAGAGGCUUUGGCAUCAGCAAUAGCAUCGACCAAGGUCAUGAAAGCUCAGCAAGUUGUGAAAAGCGAAAGUGGAGAAGAGAUGCUGGUCCCAUUCCAGGACACACCUGUGGAAGUUGAACAGAACACAGAACUACCUGAUUACCUGCCUGAGGAUGAGAGUCCCACAAAGGAGCAGGACAAAGCAGUGUCCCGUGUUGGCUCACACCCAGAGGGUGGAGCUAGCUGGCUAAGCACAGCUGCAAACUUUUUAUCCAGAUCGUUUUACUGGUGACUUCAGUUUGGGUCCAAGGACUGUGUGCACCAGCAAGGGGCCAGUUUUCCAUUGUGGUGUGAACUGUUGAGUGCAAUUUGCAAUAAGUUAUCAAAAGGUUUAAGAUUACAUGAUUGUGUAUGCUGCAUUUUACAUUUUAUUGGACAUUUUACCCCGUGACAGAGGCUACAAGUGGAGUUGCUUUGUUUUGGUUUUGUUUUCUUUUGUUUAAUUGCCUCACUUUGUAAAAAAUGUGGGUCCGUUGUUAAACCAAAUAUAUAUAUGUGCAGCUUUACAUUUUAUUUUACACAAAGCACAUGAUUAGGAAAACUUGUUUUCUCCUCAAGCCUCAGGACCUAUCUGAAGAGAAGUUGUUUUUUUUUUAGUGCAAGUUGUGCAUGAAUUACUGAAUAUUUUCCUCUGCUUCUCUUCAUGAAAGGUAUUUGACUUUGGUACUCUUCAGUGAAAGUUGAAAACAUUUCUCAUCAUCCCCCUUUUGUGCCUUUUUUUUUGCCAACCAUGUUUAUAGAAAGGACAUUACUAAUGACACUUUGUGAACUAAAAUAUAUUCAUUUGAAUGUAGCAGUCCCCUAAAAAUACAACUCUACAAAAACUUUUCAAUCUUGUUUGUUAUAAUUUUAAUAAGAUGCACGCAAAGCCAGUCAAGAAGAUGGAAGCAUAUAUAUCAGCUAAGUGCUAUUGGAGACUAUUUGAAUGUGACCAGGUGUUUCCAAUUGACUGCUGUUCAGUUUGGUUUGUAUUAGCUCUUGAGAGUUACAUCUACCAUAAUACUGGGAGCAACUGAAAAUGGUCUGUAGGGCUUACUUUGUGAUUAUACACCAUCCUCUGCUAGGAAAAUAAUAGAAGUGAAGAACUGACAACCUUGAAAAAAGAAAACAAAAAUCGAAUGCCUAUAAUGCCGUAGUGCCAUUUGGUAGAGUCUAAAAUUAAAACAUGAAAUGCUUGGCAGAUGCCUUUUCGAUAGGUGUUUCUUUGUAUUGCCUUUUGUGAAUUUAUUAUGAACAUGUAGUUGUAUUGAAUGAAAAAAGACUCAAACUGUAGCUUAUAAAAAAAUAAAGCCAGCAGUGGUCUACUUAGUUUUGCUUCUCAUGUCCAGCCAGAAAAAAAGAACUUCAGUGAAGGUAAGAUAAAUAAAUGUAAAUAUAUAUACAUAUAUAUAUUUUUUGGUAGAUAAGAGCUAAUUACAUAUAUGUAAUGCUUUAUUAAAUUUCUGAAAUAUUUGACAACUAAUCAUUUUGGAAAUCCAACUAAAUCCAGUUAAAUUUUAAUGCUAAUAUGACUAAAAAUAAUAGGAAGAAAUUGAAAUUCUUUUUCAUCAGCAUGUAGAGCUGCUAUUUUACUACUUGGAGAAUGUGAAGUGAAAAUUGGACCUUGGAGGGUUUUCUUGCAUUUUCAUUGUUUCUCUUUUAGAGAAAAUUAAAAGCAUCCAGUGUCACUGGAGAAAAAUUAUUGUAAAAUAAUUCACCAGUGAGAAUCUUGAGUUCACGAACAUUGUGACUUUCUGGAGGGAGGAGUAUUGAGGGUAUGGAGAAUGAUAUUUUACACGUGUCUGGGCUCAGAUUUGUGACACGCACAAUUGAAAAAACUAGCUUUCAGGCAUGUAUUGCUUUGAAUGCAUACUACCACUUGCUGCCAGAACCAGAUGUGUUGGAAAAAGAAAGCAAAAGCACCUUUUUAUAGCCAUUAAAACAAAGUUUACUGUUCUGUUUUAACAAGUUUGUUUUUUUAUUGUGCAUUGCCGCACAUCUGCUUAUUUAGAAAACUAUAUCCCUUUGGUGGUAAUGGAUCAGUACAAGUAGGUAUUACAGCUUGUCAUUGUGUGUUCUAAUGCUAAGUGUUCUUUUAUUCCAGGUCUUAUAGAUCAUUUAAGGCAACUGUAACAAUAUUUUUUGAAAUAUACUGUAAAAUAAUAAAAGGUAACAUAAUUUAAAUUGAA